AUGGAAAUUCCGGGAUGUGAAGGAUUCAGAGACCACAUAACAGGAACUAUGACAAUGGUUGUAUCUAAGAUUAUAUACGACCUGCCCGCACCCACCCACCAGUACGACCUGCCCGCACCCACCCACCAGUACGACCUGCCCGCACCCACCCACCAGUACGACCUGCCCGCACCCACCCACCAGUACGACCUGCCCGCACCCACCCACCAGUACGACCUGCCCACACCCACCCACCAGUACGACCUGCCCGCACCCACCCACCAGUACGACCUGCCCGCACCCACCCACCAAUACGACCUGCCCGCACCCACCCACCAGUACGACCUGCCCGCACCCACCCACCAAUACGACCUGCCCGCACCCACCAACCAAUACGACCUGCCCGCACCCACCCACCAAUACGACCUGCCCGCACCCACCCACCAGUACGACCUGCCCGCACCCACCCACCAGUACGACCUGCCCGCACCCACCCACCAGUACGACCUGCCCGCACUCACCCACCAAUACGACCUGCCCGCCCCCACCCACCAAUACGACCUGCCCGCACCCACCCACCAGUACGACCUGCCUGCACCCACCCACCAGUACGACCUGCCCGCACCCACCCACCAGUACGACCUGCCCGCACCCACCCACCAGUACGACCUGCCUGCACCCACCCACCAGUACGACCUGCCCGCACCCACCCACCAGUACGACCUGCCCGCACCCACCAACCGAUACGACCUGCCUGCACCCACCCACCAGUACGACCUGCCCGCACCCACCCACCAGUACGACCUGCCCGCACCCACCCACCAGUACGACCUGCCUGCACCCACCCACCAGUACGACCUGCCCGCACCCACCCACCAGUACGACCUGCCCGCACCCACCAACCAAUACGACCUGCCCGCACCCACCCACCAGUACGACCUGCCCACACUCACCCACCAAUACGACCUGCCCGCACCCACCCACCAGUACGACCUGCCCGCACCCACCCACCAGUACGACCUGCCCGCACCCACCCACCAGUACGACCUGCCCGCACCCACCCACCAAUACGAACAAGAAAACCGAUAA